AUGCUGUUAAGCGGGACGUUCGAUAUCUUGAAGAAGGACAAUGAAGAGAACGGAGUCACGGCUUGUCGCGCGAUCCAGGACAUUGUCAGGACGUGCAGGAUAUUCACCGACGAGAUCGCUCGCGAGGAUAUCUUCAGCCAGCAGCUCGCGCAUCUACCUCAGAUGAUCAAUGAGACUCAUAUGGCCCCGCCAGACCCUCGCGCUUUACCACCGGCUAUGCGCUCUUUCCGUGUACUCAGCGAGAUGGGCAUCGUUAUCGUCACGUUCGCUCAAACCAUCGGCUCCAUACAGAGUACGCCGCGUUUCGCCGGUCUCAUGCCUCUUCUCCAGGGCAUCGUACCUCGCAUGUACGAGGCUACCUGCCUGGAAGCACCGGCACAACGCGAGGCACGGGCGGAGUUCGAAGCUAUGGGCGGGUUCUGGAGCCCCUACGAUACCCAACGCUGCUGCAUAUACGGACUACAUCACGGCACAGAUCAAGAUGGUCUCAUAUCUUGCAUACAUCAUGCGAACGCACUCGGAGACAUUCCCGCGACGGCGCUGUCUUCACGUCGUGAUCAUAUGGUUGUGCUCCGACACUUGCUUACGCUACCUCAACGCAAGGCAAUCCUAUCGCACAUAGACAAGUUGCUUGACGAAAACGUGCUACUUGGGCGCAAUGCGAGUACACGGGAGACACUACGAGCUACCGCGUUCGCUGCAAUCGCGGACCUAGUGCACCAUUUUCGGAACGAACUCACAAUGACACAAUUAGCCCAUGGCAUUCACGUCUUUUCGCGCCUAUUUCAUAACCCGGCGCUCUCGAACGGUAUGCACACGUUGGCUGGCAAGAUGCUCUUCGGUCUUUUCGACACAAUCGUUAGCAAGGAGUCCCGCGAUGAAGCCGUGCGCAUCAUUACGCUCUUGCUGGAGGUCUCUGUAGACCGUCUCGAAACCGCUGUGGCUAUCCUACCCGAGGUUCUCAAGCGGAUCGAGCUCAGAAAAAAGGGCGAGGACGACAACACCUUGUUUCAUGUCGUUGAAGCUGCCCGACCCAUUGCGCCCGCGGUAUACGCCACUGAGCGCCCCGAGGAGGUACUGGGAGGCAUCCGGCUGCUGAUACGCACGCUCGUACCUGGCUUGCGCGUUUGCUUCUCCUCGCUGAAGAAGGUCGAGGACACCGUGGUCGACGGCACACUUGUCACACGCUUGUUCAACGGGUUUAUCUCUGCUCUCACGUUCUACGAGCCGGAGACGCGCGAGUCGCAGGAGCUUAUGGAGUGGCUGGCGCAAGCGUUCUACGACAUGGACGCCCACGUCGUGCAGCAAGUUUGGACGCGGCGCAUGGACUUCUUCCAAUGUGCGCGCAAACGGCCUGGACUCGUGCAUCUCCCUCAGCUGCUUUACGGCAAGGAGCAUGUCUCGCCAACACUGGUCGCUGUUGUGUUGGAGUACCUCGUCGACCACUUAACUCAGCUUGGCGACUCGAUGAUCGCGCUACCAUCCAUCAACGAACCUGUCUUUGCGCAUUUCCUGCCGCGACUCAUCAUGGAUAGCUUCAGUUGUGCCGCACAUUCGAACAAGGCGGUCAACUACUAUCACCUCCUUCGCGCUCUCUUCCGCGCCGUCGGCGGCGGUCAAGGCCGCUUCGAGCUAUUGUACCAGCGCAUACACCCGUUACUGCCGGAGAUAUUGGAGAACUUGAACGCGCAGCUCAUGGUCUCCGACGGCUUCGCGCGCGACCUGUUGCAGUACCUGAUGAAGCCGCUCGCGCUCUCGUUGAAGGGCCCCACGGACCUCGUCAACCAAGGCCUGCGCACGCUCGAGCUCUUCAUCGACAACCUCACGCCCGGAUGUCUCGACCCGACGCUGAACACGGUCCUCCGCGAGCUCACCGAUGCACUCCACGAUCUCCUCCGCCCUCUUCCAGCCAAUCAUCAACACUCGCAUACUGCACUCCGUAUCCUAGGUAAACUCGGCGGUCGCAAUCGGCAUCUUCUUGAUCUCGAACCCGAGAUGGACUGUAGGCAUUACGCCGCACCCGCUGCAGUGCUCGUAUCCAUGGGCCGCGACCUCGAGACCAUCAACCUUACGCAGCCAAGCAUCCUUGCCGCUCGUUCCCUGAGAAAGGGUGGUACGGGCUCGCACAUCCCACACGCGUAUGCGUUCCUUGAGAACUGCGCCGCUCUGCUCGUAGCCGACCGUGCGCGUGGGAGGAAUCGGGAGGAAGUGCUAGAACGAGCGCUAGAGGGCAUCUUCGACGCGCUCAAGAUCGAGAGCCUUAAGGAGCAAGCGUCGGACUUCAUCAAGCAGGUCUCGGCCAGCCUCUUCGCGCUCGAGCUGCGCCGGCUUAGUACACAGGCUGCAGACCCGCGCACGCCGCCAUACGCAUCGCCAGUGUUCACUGGCCUCACGAACGCGAUUGUGUACGGUUUCACGCUCAACCGGGGAGGGGAGGCGAACGAAAGCGCAACACUCGUCGCGGCCGUCAUUGCUGACUUCGUUGCUGCGGCACGGACGGCGAGCGCUGAUACGGUGCCGACGUUCAGAUUCCUCUCACGCAGGCUAACAGCGCUAGCAGUGGAGGACGGUUGGGCGCGUAAGCGCGCGUGCGUCAUCGGCAUCCAGAUUCUGCUUGACACACCUAACGCUGAGCUGCGGUGGCUCGACGAACGCGAAGCAGAGAUUGCGAGGACACUGUUUCAUAUCCUCAAGGACAUGACCGGCGAAAGCGAAAGCAACAUCGAGCUCGUCACGAACCUGUUGCAGCGCAUCGUGCGCCUCGCCAUACGGCCUAUCCCGGCCGGCGAGCCGAUGCCCGACCGUCCGAAGCCGGCACAAGUUUGA